CGGCCUCCUCCUGCUCCCGCUGCUGCUGCUGUGAGGGGAAGGAGGCCCCGCUCCUUCCGCCGCCAUGAGCUCCUUCGCCUUGGAGGAGACGCUGGAGGCGGACUGGGUGGCGGUGCGCCCGCAGGCCUUCCAGGAGCGCGAGCGGCACAAGUUCGCCUUCAUCGUGGCCUGGAACGAGGUCGAGGGCCGCUUCGCCAUCACCUGCCACAACCGGACGGCGCAGCGGCAGCGCAGCGGGUCCCGGGAGUCGGCCAAGGCGGCCCGCAGGAGCACCCCGGCCUCCCCCGCGCGGGCCCAAGGCAGCCCCGGGGGGCGCGGAGCCGAGGCGCCCCGGGCCAGGAGCAUCCCAUCCCGCAGGCCGCCUCCGGAGUCCCCGCUGGGCGAGAUGGAAGUGCUGGAGCUGGGCCAGGACGCGGCUGCUGCUUCUCCUUCUCCUUCUUCUUCGCCCGGAGAGGAGUGCAGCUGGGCCGGGCUGUUCUCCUUCCAGGACCUGCGGGCCGCGCAUCAGCAGCUGUGCUCGGUCUGCUCCGAGCUGGAGCCCUGCCUGCCCGCGCUGCCCGAGGAGCCCUCCGGGAUGUGGGCCGUGCUCUUCGGGGCGCCCGAGCUGAGCCAGGCCGAGAUGGACGCCCUCUGCGCCCAGCUGCAGGUCUACCUGGGCCACGGGCUCGACACCUGCGGGUGGAAGAUCCUCUCCCAGGUGCUCUUCGCCGAGACCGACGACCCCGAGGAGUACUACCAGAGCCUGAGCGAGCUGCGGCAGAAGGGCUACGAGGAGGUGCUGGCCCGGGCCCGCAAGCGCAUCCAGGAGCUCCUUGAAAAGCACAAGAAUACAGAAAGCAUGGUAGAACUGCUUGAAUUGUAUCAAUUGGAAGAUGAAGCAUAUAGUAGUCUUGCUGAAGCCACCACAGAACUCUAUCAGUACUUGCUGCAACCUUUCAGAGACAUGAGGGAGCUUGCAAUGCUCAGGAGACAGCAAAUAAAGAUUUCCAUAGAAAAUGAUUACUUAGGACCCAGAAGAAUUGAAAGUCUCCAAAAGGAAGAUGCGGACUGGCAGCGGAAGGCCCACAUGGCUGUACUUUCCAUUCAAGACCUUACUGUGAAGUACUUUGAAAUAACAGCGAAAGCACAAAAGGCUGUGUGUGAUCGAAUGCGAGCAGACCAGAAGAAGUUUGGUAAGGCUGCAUGGGCAGUGGCAGUGGAACGAAUGGAAAAACUUCAGUAUGCAGUUUCUAAGGAGACUUUGCAGUUGAUGAGAGCAAAAGAAAUUUGUUUGGAACAGAAGAAACAUGCAUUGAAAGAAGAGAUGCAGAGCUUACAAGGGGGCACAGAAGCCAUUGCCCAUUUGGACCAACUUGAAGCUGACUAUUAUGAUCUGCAACUUCAGUUGUAUGAAGUGCAGUUUGAAAUUUUGAAGUGUGAAGAACUGCUGCUAACAGCACAGCUUGAAAGCAUUAAAAGACUUAUUUCAGAAAAAAGAGACGAAGUAGUAUAUUAUGAUACUUACGAAAGUAUGGAAGCCAUGCUUGAAAAAGAAGAUAUGGCAGCAUCUAUACACUUGCAAAGAGAAGAGUUACAGAAAUUGCAACAGAAAGUCCGGCAGCUAGAAGCAAGACGUGGGCGCAUUUCAGCCAAGAAGGCCUACCUCAGAAAUAAAAAGGAAAUCUGCAUUGCAAAAAACAGUGAAAAAUUCCUGCAGCACUUUCAAAGUGAGGAAGAGUCGCAGCAUACUGCUAUGUCUAAGAGGGAGCGAUUGCAAGCUGAGGAAGAACGUAAAAGCUCAUGGGUUAGUCAGGAACGGCAGAAAACACUGGACAGACUUCGGACAUUUAAACAGCGCUACCCUGGACAGGUAAUACUCAAAUCAACUAGGCUUCGUCUGGCCCAUGCAAGAAAAAAAAGUACAGCUUGUUCAACUCCAUGUGCAGAUCAGUCCCCGUCUUCACCAGUAACUACGCAGACUGAAAAUUUGGAGCAAGAGAAACCGAUCCAUCCUUUGUUAACCCAGGAACCUAGGAGUUUAGGACAACUUGAAGAUACCUCUUUACCUCCCUGUGGUCUUACCUCUGAAUUUUCUCAAACGACUUCUCUUCCAACGCCUGACAGUAAUAAUGUUCAGCCUGACACAGUCCAGGAAGCGCCCCUUCCUCCUCCGCUCCCACCCCCACCUCCCCCACCUUUGCCGAUCAAAGAAGAAUCGACUCAGUGUGCCGACAAAAGCACAAGCCCCAUCAAACAGGACAUCAUGGAGAAGCCAUCACUACUGAACACAAUUGCUCCAUCAGCUCAUUUCUUUGAUAGCAGCCAGUUGGUCAGUGCCAAGAAAAAACUGAAGAAGACUGGUGAUCUAGAAGGGAUGCAGAGGAGGAGAGUAAGUUCCCCAAUGGAUGAGGUAUUGGCCUCCUUGAAACGAGGUAGCUUCCAUUUGAGGAAAGUUGAACAGAGAAGCCUCCCUCCUUUUCCGGAUGAAGAUGACAGCAACAACAUCUUGGCACAGAUACGAAAAGGUGUGAAGCUGAAGAAGGUGCAAAAGGACAUCAUGAGGGAGUCAUUCACAAUUUUGCCUGAUGACGACCCUUUGACACGCAGCAUCCAUGAAGCUCUACGGAGAAUUAAAGAGGCAUCACCAGAGUCUGAAGAUGAGGACGAGAACCUGCCUUGCACAGAUUGGGAAAACUAAGGUCUAAGGAUCCCAAAAAACAGAUCUAAGGAUUCCACAGUGAUCAUCCUUUCAUCCCCGGAACAUUCAGAGUCAACAGUUUGAUUAACAUCUUCAGUGCAAGGAAAAGCUUUCUCUGAGCAUUUUGAUAUUUCCAUUUAGAGCUGGGGUUACCUUUAAAAAAUCAUGAUAGAAGUUUCUGGUUGGACCAAAACUCACCUUAUUUAGGUAGGCAUUUUGCUUAACUCUGAGGAGACUAUACCUUUCCAAAUAUUUUCUGAUUCUUCACUCACUUUUUACAUUUGUGUGAAAUAACAAUUCAACGGGAAUGACAGCAAAGCUUUGACCUAGUGUAAAUUACCAGGAAAUUCUGCCUUUGGUUCACUGAAGAUUUUGCCACUGAGGACCCAACAUGCAACUUUGACAUCCGCUAAUUUAUGCAACAACAGGAAUUCACACGAAACACUUCAUUUCUUACCAUAUUUUCCAUACAGGAGGUGGUUUUCAGAGAGAGAAGGCGUUGGUUAAUUAUUCAUAGUACAAAAUACAAAUUAAUUUGAAAAUGAGAACAAAUUGCUGUACAAAGUAAUGGAAAGUACCCUAAGAAACACACAAGAAUGUAUUUGUUUACAGCUGAGAACAUUUGAACCGGUAUAUAACAACCUUUUAGAAGGCCAUGUAUACUGUGUACAUCUUAUAUUUUUGAAUUAAAUUUCUCCGUGCUCUUAUUAAUAGUAACAUUUUAAUUGCAGGGCUGGGUUAUAAAAAAGUUACAUAAAUUUUUAUUUAUAGAAGCAAUAUUUUGUAAUGAGAAUACUUAAAAUUAUUUUGUCUAUUAGUUUAACUGUUCUUUGAUUGCUCUAAGAAACCUUUAUUUAAAAAGAAUGAAAAACUGACAUAAGAUUUUGCUUUUAUGUUGGACAUUAAUUAUAUUUCAUUAUUCUUGUUCAUUGUUAGAUGUAUUUUAAUUACGUAACACCCUGCUUAUUGGAAAAUAUGCUUCCUGUUAUCUCUGGUUGUCCAAUGGUCUAAUGGAGGCAUUACCUUCCGUGCAAUGAAUUAUCUAAAGCAACGUAAUCCCCAAACAGCAUGACUAAUAGCUGCAGGCAGCUCGUUUUAUAAUACCAAAAUACUGAACAGUAUUUCUACAUCUGGACAAAUGUUGCCAUUAUUAAAACUCCUGAUGAAAAACUACUUGUAGAAGAAUCUUGAGGUUGGCCAUUUUUAAAGUGUAUACUUUGUUUGGGAAUCAGUUAUUGAUUAUAUAAAAACCAAUCCGUUUUUCAACAAUUUCUCAUACUAAUUCCUUGUUACGUGUAGCUUCCAUGAACUAUGUAUUUUGGAAGGAACAGGUAAACUAACUUACCUUUCAGAACAAGAGGUUAAAUUUCUUGUUAUUUUCCCUUUUAAAAAUAGAUGAAGUAAUGAGAAUACUGACUGAUAUAUUGCAUACCUUAGUCCUCUUGAACCUUUGGGUCUGCAACAGAGACCACUUUAACCAAUAAUAGUAGCACUAUCCAAUAUUUUUAUGGAGCACCUGUCAUGCUGCUGGCAGGUGUACUUUUUCAUCUGCUUUUAUUGCCUUAUAUUGUCUGAAAUUUCUAAAGGAAAGCUUGAGAACAGCAUGCAUUCAGUUAACAUAGGAGAACUUUUCUGCAGGGAGAAAAAAGUAAAUUAGUUGCAUCAUGCAUUGAACAUUAAUUUCCCAAAGAACAGAUGUCAUAAGUUUAUUUCCAACUUACUGCAUAUUAACCCAAAUUGCAUUAUAGUAUGUGGUUCUAAACUCAUACAGUGCAGGGUUUGGUGGCAAUAAUUAAAUAGCUGCAAAUUUCUCUUCUAACCUUUUGCAUAAACUGUAUUGUAUGUAGUCGGUGUGCCUUUGCCGUUUAGUCACCCUACACUCCAGAUUUCCACUAUAUAAUAUACUGUGUUUGAACUCGCAGCCAUGGCACAAACAUGGACUUCUAAAAGUUGAGAUGACGUGUGGGUCAUGUAAAGCUUUGCACAAUCAUAGCAGGAGCUUCAAGAAGCACAUUUCAGUGGCCAGACCUUUUAAUAUAUUAACAACAGGAGGAGACAAAAACUUGAUUUAAAAAAAGAAGCAGCACUCCUUGUCUUUGCACUGUUUUGCAUCCACAAAUUAUGAAUUCGUGUGAGGAGUUUAUGAAGCUCUCAAGAUGAUUGUACGGUGUUUAGGCUUGAUAUAUAUGAGAUGUUUGCCUUCAAAACUGCAUGUUUGUUUAAACAACUGUUUGACAGUUUAAUUUCUGCAAGAAUAUGAAACUGGCUUGGAUCUGUAAAAUGACUUAUUCAUAGGAACAUAUUUUAUAUAUAUAUUGACUGCUGUACAAUGGUUGAUCUCAUAUCCAGAGUUUUUGUUGCAAUUGUAUAUUUUUUCAUGAUCCAUUAGGAAGAAGAGAUUAACCUGGCUGUCAGUUAACACUGAACAUUUUACACAAAUCUGUCAGAUCUUAAGACCAUGGCUUUGUCUCCAUCUGCAACUUCCUUACUAAAUUUGCAAGUUUUAGAAUAAUAGUAAUUUCUAAUUUUAUUAUUUCACACCAAUGCAUCUGAAAGUUCCCAUUAGGUUGCAAUCUGUGAGUGCAUUUCCCAGAACAAGUUUGGAAAAUACAUAAGCAGUUAAGAAGAUAACUUGGCUCAAUGUUUGAAUGGAAUGAAGUUCAAAUCUGCAGCUGAUAAAUGUGCAUGAAAAAUGCAUUUCAGAAUUUGUAUGCUGCAGAUUAUCGUACAGUACUAUCAUGUUAUAUUGGCUACUCACUGUUUGUAAUCACUUUCUGGUCCAUAUUAUAGUUUGUAUCUCAAACUGGUUGAAUGUAGUCUAGAUUUAGCUGGAUAUUCCUGGAGUUGGUUAUGGACUUUCUCAAGGAACAGUAAAUGCCAGGUAAUAAGUGGUGUGGUGUAGGAAUUGUGUAAUAAGGGGACCAAGGCACAGAGACAUUUAUUUCCACGAAAAAAAAUGUUUGUUAUGUUGAAGGGGAACAGCAUUGUUUGUUGAAGUGGUUUCAUCUUCUGUCGAAUAAUCCCACGAGUCUUUAAUUUUAGUUGCUUUAGUAACUUCAGUAUCAUUUAACGUAGAUAGUUUUGCUUCUUAAUUCAACUGUUUAUUCAGAGCUUUUCAAAACAGCUUAUAUAAUUAAAAAGAGAGAGGUAAACAUAAAUAAGUAGCAGCCCUGAAAGUCAUGUCUUGCAGGGCUAGAGGGAGUGAAUCACCUUAAAAAGCUUUGCUCUUGAUUUUUGUCUUACGUUGACACUUGCCUACAGAGUCCCUCUGUGUUUUUAAUUCAGUCCUGUGAAAAGGAGAAACACACGAAUAGUCAGCAUUUUUAUUUAUUUGCACUGAUUUUAAAGAGUGAAUUGUACAUUAAAGCUAUUUGGAUUUAUGAGCACAUUUUAUUCUUACUGUAAUGUGUUUGUAGUUCAGUCACCUGUGUUAGUCAUAAUGCUCUCAGAAGCAUGAAGCAAGAUAGAUCUAAUGUUGGUAACUUGUCAAGCAAAUAGGCUUACAGGAAAGACUUGCAAGGGGAUAAUUUUUUUGCAAAUGAUGGAAGCACCUUAUUGAGAACUUGUGAGAUGUAUUCAAAUGCUGUUAAAGUCAUUUGAAAACACCUUGCUAUCAGUAUUGACCCCUGUCCAGUAGGAAAGAGCUUUGGGGAAGCAUAGUGAAACGAAGUAUAGGAAUUUAAUGUGGUGUCCUAUUACUUUGACAACUUCAAAUAUGCAGGAGGCAGCGGGAUACUUUAUUUUACUGCUCUCACAAUUCUAUGGGUUGGGCUUUUAUUAGCAAGUCUUCUUUAGUUGAAAAAAUGACAUUGUUUUAUUAAUGCAUUAAUGCAGGUGUGGGCAAACUUUGGCCCUCCAGGUGUUUUGGACUUCAGCUCCCACAGUUCCUAACAGCUGGUAGGGUUCUGCGCAACCCUCUUUUAAAAAUAAUUCACAUGGAACUCUUGGCUUUGAAUUUUAAGGCGGACAAAAUAUAAACAACCCCCCUUUCAUGUCUGGCACAUAAAGGCCUUAAUAGGUCUACAAAUGCUCCAGGUCUUGCAUUUCAGAAAUGUAUUUAUUCACUUCUUCCAGUGUUUGCAUUGUCUCUGAUGUUGAACGUGAUUGAGGGCCUGUUUCAGGAAAUGCUUUUGCCCUAGUUUUGUACCCAGGGUGAAAUUAGAGUGAACUACAGACUGUAUUGACCUCUCCCCAACAUAGAGAGCCUUCUCUGAGCUUGCCCCAAUCUAAGGAGAUCACAUACUGAAAUAAUUGUGGGAUUAGUACAAAGCAUACCCAAAUGCUACAAAUAUAGUCACUAGUGGCAUUUGUGUGGUUCUGGCUGGGAGUAGAUUUUACAAAAUUUCACUUAGGGCAGUGUUGGUUGGGGUGUUCUGGGAGCUAUGGUAAACAAAAAGUAACUUUCCCAGAGGGAUCAUGUUCUCAGUCAAUUUAUGGUCAGUUUAAUACUGUAUUUCUUCAAUUCUAAGAUACACUUUCCCUCUUAUAUGAACAUCUCUAAAAUGCAUGGGGGGGGGGUUUGAGGGUGCAUUUUAGAAUUGCAGGUAUCUUAUGUAUUUUGGUGGUGGUGGUGGUGGUAUUGAAAUUAGUGUGCGUCUUGCAAUCUAUGGAGUCUUACAAUUGAAGAAAUACUUGUAGCACUUGCCUUUCACCGCUCUAUUCAGAUAAAGAGAUAGUUUCUUUUCUGAUAAGAUUGACAGCUCAGUACUCACAUUGACCCAUGGAUAAGUCAGCCCAGGUUUUUGGAGUUGGGUUUUUCAACUAAAGUUUCUAGACUUGUACAUGAGUUUCUAUGGUAUUUCCCAAUUUGGCACAGAAUGGCUUUUUUAAAAAAAGACCAGGGUGCAUCAUGAUUUUGGGGGCAGCUUUUGCCUAGACUUGGAAGAGAGAUAUUCCUAUGAAUAUCCAUCACCUGUUGUUCAUUUAUUUGUAAAAA